AUGCGAGAAAAUAAGAACCUAACCGGCACAGCGCGUUAUGCAAGUGUGAACACUCACCUUGGAAUUGAGCCGAGAGGAAGCCUUCCCUGGCAGGGGCUAAAAGCUGGUACCAAAAAGCAAAAAUAUGAUAAGAUUAGUGAAAAGGUGUCCACUCCUGUAGAGGUGUUUUGUAAGUCGUAUCCAUCUGAGUUUGUGUCUUAUUUUCACUACUGCCGAUCUUUGCGGUUUGAAGAUAAACCAGAUUAUUCAUAUUUGAAGGGGCUUUUCCGGGACUUGUUUAUAAGAGAAGGUUGCCAGUUUGACCAUGUCUUUGACUGGACCAUGUUGAAGUACCCAAAGAUUAGUGGCAGCUCGAGAGGGCGGCAUUCCGGUGGAAGGGCAGGUUUAACUGCAAGUCCAACCAUUGAAAAACCAGAAAGAAUCUCAGUGGGGCGAGAGAUUCGAGAUAGAUUCUCCGGUGCCGUCGAAGCAUUUUCCAAAAGAAAUAUUUCAAGUAAUAGUCCUCAUCUUGAUCAUUCUAGACGCAAGACUGUAGAUGAAGUCACUUUGCCGAAGCAUGCGCUCCCUGUGUUGGAAAAAAGACGCAGUUCCUCUCGAUAUGGUAGCACUUCAAGAAGAGCUGUAGUAGCAAGCAGGCCCAGUUCGUCUGUUGAAGCCAAUGAUGUUCUGCAAAACCGGCUAGCAUUGAGUAGUGGCUUCAUGUCUACCCCACAAAGAAUCCAAAUAGCCUUUGAAUCCAAAAAAUCUAAUCGUGCCACCCCUGUUCGAGGAAGCCAUGAUGAUCAUCCUCUUCAAAGUUUUGAGCUCCUCUCCAUCAGAAAAUAAUGGGGUUGUAUGUCGAAUUGUCAACCAAUAUUUUCUAAGAACUCAUAAUGUCACUCUGUAUAUAGGAUAUUU